AUGGGAGACAAAAAAAUGUUGAUAACUGCCACCGAUUCAACUAUAAGUUUAUCUAGUUCUUAUACUAAAUCAAAUAUUGCUAUGUCAACUGAUAGAACAGAUAAUACAAGAGCUAUAAUUUCUACAGUUUUCCAAUCAACUGAGUUAAGAAAAAAUGAAAACCAGUCAAUAUCUACGAGUUUCCCUGUGGUAAAUCAGCAUGUCACUAAGAAAAACGAAGCAGAAACCUUGUCUUCAUCCGGCUCUAAUGUGUCUGUGUCAUCAUUAGAUAUUUCCACUCAUCCGACCUCUUUUGUUUCUUCAGAUACAAAUUCUGCAGUUAAGGCAAAUACACAUAUUAGUAUUUCUAAUACCACAUUAUCAACAAUGUUCAAUUUGUCUAAACUUUCUACAGUUGCUUCUACAUUUUCGAAAUAUGAGAUAUCAACCAAACCAAACUCUUUUGUUUCCAUUCAUUCUAGUAAUUCAAGCAGUAGUCACUACGAGAACAUUCAAGGACAUCAGUGUGUUGAUAUUCCAGGAAAUACAACAAUACAAAUAGCAUGUGCCUCAAAUAGUGAAAUAGAUAUAAAACAGGCAUGGUAUGGAUAUAAUGACGUUAUGUGUGCACAAGGAUUUAACACCGACACAAUACACUCGCUUCAUCUAGUAAAUAUAACAAUGGGAAUUCGACCUAGAUAUUUUACAGACGUUCAGAUGACAGCACCAUCAAGAUAUUAUACAAGACAAACCAAUUCAAGGUCAAGCAAUACAUUUUUAAUUUCAACAAGUGUAUUGUAUAAAAGUGUAAAUAGCAGUUCUGUACAGGGAUCUUCCAUAAUGAUUGCUAAAUUGUUAUCAAAUGUAACAAGGCCAUUUCAGACUACAAAUAAUGCAACUAUGCCAUCAACACAGCAUAUUUUACCAACAACAAUUACAAUUGUGCCUGCAACAAAACUUAACUUAUCGACAACAGAAAACCCUAAGUCAACAAUUAACAGAUUCACUCUCAUAUCUGAUAGAAUUACCUCUUCAGCAAAACCAACUAUAUUUAAUCAAUCUACACCGGAAAGAAAAACAUCAGCAAUAACAAGAAGCAUGACUUCAACAAAAGCAAAAUUAAAUGGUACAUCUGCUGCCGACGUUAUUACUAAAUCGACUACCGGUAUAUUUGCAACAAACGAAAACAGUAACACAUUCAAACAACAAAUUUCUUCAACAAACACGAGUAUGACUCAUGCAGAAACAGCUACACCUAAUUUAGAAAAACUCGGCUCGACAACAGGAGAACUCAAAAGCGAAACAAAUAUGUCUACUAACAAUCCAACAAAACCAGCUAUGCCAUCAACAAAAUCGAUUAUGUUUACAACAAAUAUAAACAUAUCUAUAUCAGUACCUAUUAAUUAUACUCGAACAAUUAAUGUUUCUUCUACUUACGUAACCGCGUCUGCAAAAUAUCUACAAACAACCAAGGAAGUAACAGAUGUAACACCUACUGUCAAGUCAGAAACUCUAGAAAAACUUACACAUAAAACAGUAAGAUACACAACACCUAAAAUUUUAUCAGUGACAAAUGAAACACCUACAAUCAUUUCAGUUUUAAACAAAACACCUAUAGUUAUGUCAACAACAACUAUUGCACCUACAGUUUUGUCAGUAACAGAAAAGUUACCUUCAGUCAUGUCAGUUACAGACGACAAAUCUACAACCUUUACAAUAACAAAAAAAACACCUAUUAUUAUGUCAACAACAACUGUUGCACCUACAGUUUUGUCAGUAAGUAAACAAUCACCUACAGUUUUGUCAGUAAAAGAAAAGUCACCUUCAGUCAUGUCAGUUACGAACGACAAAUCUACAGUCUUUACAGUAACAAACAGAACACCUAUAGUUAUGUCAACAACAACUGUUGCACCCACAGUUUUUUCAGUAACAGAUAAGUUACCUUCAGUCAUGUCAGUUACAACCGAUAAAUCUUCAAUCUUUACAGUAACAAACAGAACACCUAAAGUUAUGUCAACUUCAACUGUUGCACCUACAGUUUUGUCAGUAACAGAAAAGUUACCUUCAGUCAUGUCAGUUACAACCGAUAAAUCUUCAAUCUUUACAGUAACAAACAGAACACCUACAGUUUUGUCAGUAACCGAUAAAUCACCUUCAGUCAUGUCAGUUACAGACGAUAAAUCUACAGUCUUUACAGUAACAAACAGAACACCUACAGUUAUGUCAACAACAACUGUUGCACCUACAGUUUUGUCAGUAACAGAUAAAUCACCUUCAGUCAUGUCAGUUACAGACGAUAAAUCUACAAUCUUUACAGUAACAAACAGAACACCUACAGUUAUGUCAACAUCUACUGUUGCACCAACAGUUUUGUCAGUAACAGAAAAGUCACCUUCAGUCAUGUCAGUUACGAACGAUAAAUCUACAGUCUUUACAGUAACAAACAGAAUACCUACAGUUAUGUCAACAACAACUGUUGCACCUACAGUUUUGUCAGUAACAGAAAACUCACCUUCAGUUAUGUCAGUUACAAACGACAACUCUACAAUCUUUGCAGUUACAAACAAAACACCAACAGUUUUGUCAGUAACAGAUAAAUGCCCUUCAGUUAUGUCAAUUACAGACGACAAAUCUUCAAUCUUUACAGUAACAAACAGAACACCUACAGUUAUGUCAACAUCAACUGUUGCACCAACAGUUUUGUCAGUAACAGAUAAAUCACCUUCAGUCAUGUCAGUUACAGACGACAAAUCUACAAUCUUUACAGUAACAAACAGAACACCUACAGUUAUGUCAACAUCAACUGUUGCACCAACAGUUUUGUCAGUAACAGAUAAAUCACCUUCAGUCAAAUCUGUUACAGACGACAAAUCUAAAAUCUUUACAGUAACAAACAGAACACUUACAGUUAUGUCAACAACAACUGUUGCACCUACAGUUUUGUCAGUAACAGAUAAAUCACCUUCAGUCAUGUCAGUUACAGACGACAAAUCUACAAUCUUUACAGUAACAAACAAAACACCUAUUAUUAUGUCAACAACAACUGUUGCACCUACAGUAACAGAAAAGUCGUCACCUUCAGUCAUGUCAGUUACAGACGACAAAUCUAAAAUCUUUACAGUAACAAACAGAACACUUACAGUUAUGUCAACAACAACUGUUGCACCUACAGUUUUGUCAGUAACAGAAAAGUCAUCUUCAAGUAUGUCAGUUACAGACUACACAUCUACAAUCUUUACAGUAACAAACAGAACACCUACAGUUAUUCCAACAACAAAUGUAAGACCUACAGUGUUGUCAGUAACAGAUAAAUCACCUUCAGUCAUGUCAGUUACGAACGAUAAAUCUACAGUCUUUACAGUAACAAACAGAACACCUACAGUUAUGUCAACUUCAACUGUUGCACCAACAGUUUUGUCAGUAACAGAAAAGUCACCUUCAGUCAUGUCAGUUACAGACGAUAAAUCUAAAAUCUUUACAGUAACAAACAGAACACCUACAGUUAUGUCAACUUCAACUGUUGCACCAACAGUUUUGUCAGUAACAGAAAAGUCACCUUCAGUCAUGUCAGUUACAGACGAUAAAUCUACAAUCUUUACAGUAACAAACAGAACACCUACAGUUAUGUCAACAUCAACUGUUGCACCAACAGUUUUGUCAGUAACAGAUAAAUCACCUUCAGUCAUGUCAGUUAUAGACGACAAAUCUAAAAUCUUUACAGUAACAAACAGAACACCUACAGUUAUGUCAACAUCAACUGUUGCACCAACAGUUUUGUCAGUAACAGAUAAAUCACCUUCAGUCAUGUCAGUUACAGACGACAAAUCUACAAUCUUUACAGUAACAAACAGAACACCUACAGUUAUGUCAACAUCAACUGUUGCACCAACAGUUUUGUCAGUAACAGAUAAAUCACCUUCAGUCAUGUCAGUUACGAACGACAAAUCUACAGUCUUUACAAUAACAAACAGAACACCUACAGUUAUGUCAACAUCUACUGUUGCACCAACAGUUUUGUCAGUAACAGAAAAGUCACCUUCAGUCAUGUCAGUUACGAACGAUAAAUCUACAAUCUUUACAGUAACAAACAGAACACCUAUAGUUAUGUCAACAACAACUGUUGCACCAACAGUUUUGUCAGUAACAGAAAAGUUACCUUCAGUCAUGUCAGUUACAACCGAUAAAUCUUCAAUCUUUACAAUAACAAACAGAACACCUACAGUUAUGUCAACAACAACUGUUGCACCUACAGUUUUGUCAGUAACAGAAAAGUCAUCUUCAGUUAUGUCAGUUACAAACGACAACUCUACAAUCUUUGCAGUUACAAACAAAACACCAACAGUUUUGUCAGUAACAGAUAAAUCACCUUCAGUUAUGUCAGUUACAGACGACAAAUCUACAAUCUUUACAGUAACAAACAGAACACCUACAGUUAUGUCAACAACAACUGUUGCACCAACAGUUUUGUCAGUAGCAGAUAAAUCACCUUCAGUCAAAUCUGUUACAGACGACAAAUCUAAAAUCUUUACAGUAACAAACAGAACACCAACAGUUAUGUCAACAACAACUGUUGCACCUACAGUUUUGUCAGUAACAGAAAAGUCACCUUCAGUCAUGUCAGUUACAGACAACAAAUCUACAACCUUUACAGUAACAAACAAAACACCUAUUAUUAUGUCAACAACAACUGUUGCACCUACAGUUUUGUCAGUAGCAGAUAAAUCACCUUCAGUCAUAUCAGUUACAGACGACAAAUCUAAAAUCUUUACAGUAACAAACAGAACACUUACAGUUAUGUCAACAACAACUGUUGCACCUACAGUUUUGUCAGUAACAGAAAAGUCACCUUCAGUCAUGUCAGUUAUAGACGACAAAUCUACAACCUUUACAGUAACAAACAAAACACCUAUUAUUAUGUCAACAACAACUGUUGCACCUACAGUAACAGAAAAGUCGUCACCUUCAGUCAUGUCAGUUACAGACGACAAAUCUAAAAUCUUUACAAUAACAAACAAAACACCUACAGUUAUGUCAACAACAACUGUUGCACCUACAGUUUUGUCAGUAACAGAAAAGUCAUCUUCAAGUAUGUCAGUUAAAGACUACAAAUCUACAAUCUUUACAGUAACAAACAGAACACCUACAGUUAUGUCAACAACAAAUGUUGCACCUUCAGUUUUGUCAGUAACAGAAAAGUUACCUUCAGUCAUGUCAGUUACAACCGAUAAAUCUUCAAUCUUUACAGUAACAAACAGAACACCUAUAGUUAUGUCAACAUCAACUGUUGCACCAACAGUUUUGUCAGUAACAGAUAAGUUACCUUCAGUCAUGUCAGUUACAGACGAUAAAUCUACAGUCUUUACAGUAACAAACAGAACACCUAUAGUUAUGUCAACAUCAACUGUUGCACCAACAGUUUUGUCAGUAACAGAUAAGUUACCUUCAGUCAUGUCAGUUACAGACGACAAAUCUACAAUCUUUACAGUAACAAACAGAACACCUACAGUUAUGCCAACAACAAAUGUAAGACCUACAGUAUUGUCAGUAACAGAUAAAUCACCUUCAGUCAUGUCAGUUACAGACGACAAAUCUAAAAUCUUUACAGUUACAAACAGAACACCUACAGUUAUGUCAACAACAACUGUUGCACCAACAGUUUUGUCAGUAACAGAAAAGUUACCUUCAGUCAUGUCAGUUACAACCGAUAAAUCUUCAAUCUUUACAAUAACAAACGGAACACCUACAGUUAUGUCAACAUCUACUGUUGCACCAACAGUUUUGUCAGUAACAGAAAAGUCACCUUCAGUCAUGUCAGUUACAGACGACAGAUCUACAAUCUUUACGGUAACAAACAGAACACUUACAGUUAUGUCAACAACAACUGUUGCACCUACAGUUUUGUCAGUAACAGAAAACUCACCUUCAGUUAUGUCAGUUACAGACGACAAAUCUAAAAUCUUUACAGUAACAAACAGAACACCUAAAGUUAUGUCAACAACAACUGUUGCACCUACAGUUUUGUCAGUAACAGUAAACUCACCUUCAGUUAUGUCAGUUACAGACGACAACUCUACAAUCUUUGCAGUAACAAACAAAACACCAACAGUUUUGUCAGUAACCGAUAAAUCACCUUCAGUCAUGUCAGUUACAGACGACAAAUCUACAAUCUUUACAGUAACAAACAGAACACCUACAGUUAUGUCAACAACAAUUGUUGCACCAACAGUUUUGUCAGUAAUAGAUAAAUCACCUUCAGUCAUGUCAGUUACAGACGACAAAUCUAAAAUCUUUACAGUAACAAACAGAACACCUAAAGUUAUGUCAACAUCAACUGUUGCACCAACAGUUUUGUCAGUAACAGAUAAUUCACCUUCGGUCAUGUCAGUUACAGACGACAAAUCUACAGUCUUUACAGUAACAAACAGAACACCUACAGUUAUGUCAACAACAACUGUUGCACCAACAAUUUUGUCAGUAGCAGAUAAAUCACCUUCAGUCAAAUCUGUUACAGACGACAAAUCUAAAAUCUUUACAGUAACAAACAGAACACCAACAGUUAUGUCAACAACAACUGUUGCACCUACAGUUUUGUCAGUAACAGAAAAGUCACCUUCAGUCAUGUCAGUUACAGACGACAAAUCUACAACCUUUACAGUAACAAACAAAACACCUAUUAUUAUGUCAACAACAACUGUUGCACCUACAGUUUUGUCAGUAACAGAAAAGUCAUCUUCAAGUAUGUCAGUUACAGACUACAAAUCUACAACCUUUACAGUAACAAACAAAACACCUAUUAUUAUGUCAACAUCAACUGUUGCACCAACAGUUUUGUCAGUAACAGAUAAAUCACCUUCAGUCAUGUCAGUUACAGACGACAAAUCUACAAUCUUUACAGUAACAAACAGAACACCUACAGUUAUGUCAACAACAACUGUUGCACCUACAGUUUUGUCAGUAACAGAAAAGUCAUCUUCAAUUAUGUCAGUUACAGACGACAAAUCUACAAUCUUUACAGUAACAAACAAAACACCUAUUAUUAUGUCAACAUCAACUGUUGCACCUACAGUUUUGUCAGUAACAGAAAAGUCAUCUUCAAGUAUGUCAGUUACAGACUACAAAUCUACAACCUUUACAGUAACAAACAAAACACCUAUUAUUAUGUCAACAACAACUGUUGCACCUACAGUUUUGUCAGUAACAGAAAAGUCAUCUUCAAGUAUGUCAGUUACAGACUACAAAUCUACAACCUUUACAGUAACAAACAAAACACCUAUUAUUAUGUCAACAACAACUGUUGCACCUACAGUUUUGUCAGUAACAGAAAAGUCAUCUUCAAGUAUGUCAGUUACAGACAACAAAUCUACAACCUUUACAGUAACAAACAAAACACCUAUUAUUAUGUCAACAUCAACUGUUGCACCAACAGUUUUGUCAGUAACAGAUAAAUCACCUCCAGUCAUGUCAGUUACAGACGACAAAUCUAAAAUCUUUACAGUAACAAACAAAACAACUACAGUUAUGUCAACAACAACUGUUGCACCUACAGUUUUGUCAGUAACAGAAAAGUCAUCUUCAAUUAUGUCAGUUACAGACGACAAAUCUUCAAUCUUUACAGUAACAAACAGAACACCUACAGUUAUGUCAACAUCAACUGUUGCACCUACAGUAUUGUCAGUAACAGAUAAAUCACCUUCAGUCAUGUCAGUUACAGACGACAAAUCUAAAAUCUUUACAGUAACAAACAGAACACCUACAGUUAUGUCAACAUCAACUGUUGCACCUACAGUUUUGUUAGUAACAGAAAAGUCACCUGCAAUCAUGUCAGUUACUGACGAUAAAUCUACAAUCUUUACAGUAACAAACAGAACACCUACAGUUAUUUCAACAUCAACUGUUGCACCAACAGUUUUGUCAGUAAAAGAAAAGUCACCUUCAGUCAUGUCAGUUACAGACGACAAAUCUUCAAUCUUUACAGUAACAAACAAAACACCUACACUUAUGUCAACAUCAACUGUUGCACCAACAGUUUUGUCAGUAACAGAUAAAUCACCUUCAGUCAUGUCAGUUACAGACGACAAAUCUACAAUCUUUACUGUAACAAACAGAACACCUACAGUUAUGUCAACAACAACUGUUGCACCAACAGUUUUGUCAGUAAAUAAACAAUCACCUUCAUUCAUGUCAGUUACAGACGACAAGUCUACAACCCUUACAGUAACAAACAAAACACCUACAAUUUUGUCAGUAACCGAAAACUCACCAGAAACACCUAAAAUAUUAAAAACAACAAAAUCGUCGAAUACUUCAAUAUCAAGCAUACUAAUAGUUAAACAACACGUGUCAGACAAACAAAAACCUUUGACAGAUAUGGAUUUUACAACAGGAACACUCAAAUCUUAUACAAAGGCAAUUGCUAGUCUUCACACCAUGCCACUUGACACAUCAUUUUACUCUAAAGAAAUAAUAACUACAGUAAAUACUUUAGUUAACAAAUCUAUCUCGGAAGUAUCUAUUCAAGCAUCAAAAUAUGAGGAAAACACGAGUUUAAGACCUUCUCCAGGCACAGAUCCUUACUAUGAGUUGAGAUUAACUACUAAAGGCAGGGUUAAAGAAGGGAAUGGUUGUAAAACUUGCCACAAGUGGGGCUAUUUUGGUACUUGUCUACCGCAAAAUCUAGAGUGUGAUGGAUACAAUGAUUGUUAUGAUGGUUCAGACGAAAUAUCAUGUGAUGAAGAUGUCAAGAGAACUAGACAAACGACAGUCUUACAUAAGACUACUAGGUCCAGGACAGAGGUUCCGAAAGCAAAGUCAACGAAAACAAAUAAUAAUCGAUCACCAAAAGUGACGACAACAGUUUCGACGUUAUCACCUACUCAUGAGAAAGUAGCCAAUGAAAAUGUAUCAAAACUUCCAGCAACAUCAAGUUAUCCAAUGGAAUAUGCAGCCUCAAUAAAGAGACAAGUAAACACAACACCAAAAUUUAAUGUCAAGAUAAACUAUACCAAAGUUUUGAAGCACACUUUUAGAACCACACACAAUCAAAUACAUGAGACAAAAGACAAAUGUAAUUGUAGUGUUUUUUAUAAUCCUUUUGGAGUUUCAAAAACUUUUACUGAGGAUACGAUUCCUACUGUUAACACCAAUCACAUAACAACGCAUGCGACGCAUAUCGACAAGACAUUCAUGAAAAAUGAUUUGCAAACUGAUAAGCGAAAACAGAAAUCUCAAGUGGUACAUAUUGCAGGAAGUGUAACUGGAGUGAUGUUUGUUAUUUGUCUUGUGUUUUUAUUUGUUGCUGUUAGACGGUACAUACUAAAACGGGGCAAAAGUAAAGACACAGAAAGAACAGCAACGUCAACUUCAAACACCAAAUCCCGAAAUUCACUUGAAGGCCAGGAUAAUAUUCCAUUGUACAGCUGUGUUGACAAACCACAACGGAGUGAACUUGGUACAACAAUGCCUCAGUCUAAAUCAAUUGCAAACAUUGGAUAUGAUGAUGCCUUUGAGAUCAGUGUUCAGAAUGAAGAUUACGACCACAUCGAAAGGGUUGAACGUAGAGGGGACGUGGAUAUGGUAUAUUCUAUAACAACGUAUCAGCAAACAGAAGAUGAUUAUGAUAUUUCUGGUAACUUCAAUGAAACUCUCCGUAGUUACCAAGAAAACUCCAUUUAUAAUUGA